CAGCGACCGUCAGCGAACAGACGUUAGAAGAUUUGUUCAGUUUCCUCACGAUCCCGGAAGAAAAUCACCGAUUCUCAAACACGCUCUCCAUCAAUUGAGACCCCUCAGCCUCAUUGCGGAAGCCUCAAUUCCUGCUGUUUUAGCUUCCCGUCAUCGCCACACAGAGAAACGAAUCACGACGGACGCCUCGCCGUGCCAUCUCGGAUCGCGCCGCUUGGACGGGCACCCACAGACGAUCCCAACCAUCUGACCUUGAAAAACCUCGCACACCCGGGCCCGAAGCCCACUCGUCCAUCACCGAAAGCAAGAGGCAAGCGAGCAGCCGUCUGUCCGCUUUGCUUGUCUCUCUCUGUCAUCCAUUCCUACUGCGUCUUAGAGUUUCUGCGCCAGGUCCCACGAGGACAAUACCGGAUGCAUGUCGCCCAGCGGCGAACGCCUCAAGGAUGAGGGCUCCCGCCUGCAGGUUGUAACGGCCGGCGCCACCGCCGGCCUGUUUGCUCGCUUUGUCAUUGCCCCCCUCGAUGUCGUCAAGAUCCGCCUGCAGCUGCAGACGCACUCGCUCUCCGACCCUCUGUCGAUCCGAUCAGCCAGGGGCGGGCCCGUGUACAAGGGCACCCUGAACACCAUGAGGCACGUCAUCGCCAACGAGGGCAUCACCGGCCUGUGGAAGGGUAACGUCCCCGCCGAGAUGAUGUACGUGUGCUACUCGGCCGUCCAAUUCACGACGUAUCGCACGACGGCGCAGUUCCUCAAAACAGCUUUUGACAACCGCCUACCAAACGCCGCCGAGUCCUUCCUCGCCGGAGCCGCUGCCGGCGCCGCCGCCACGACAGCCACAUACCCCCUCGACCUCCUACGGACCCGAUUCGCGGCGCAGGGUAACGACCGGGUGUAUACGAGCCUCCGGCGCGCGGUGGCGGAUAUCUACCGGGACGAGGGCCCGCGCGGCUUCUUCCGCGGCCUCGGACCCGGCGUGGCGCAGAUCGUGCCGUACAUGGGCAUCUUCUUUGCUCUAUACGAGGGCCUGCGGCUGCCGCUGGGCGAUCUGCAUCUGCCGUGGGGUGGCGGCGACGCCACGGCCGGCGUCGUGGCCAGCGUGCUGUCCAAGACGGCCGUCUUCCCGCUCGAUCUGGUGCGGAAGCGCAUUCAGGUCCAGGGGCCGACGAGGUCGCGGUACGUGCACAAGAAUAUCCCCGAGUACCCCGGCGCGGUGCGCGGUUUACGCAUCAUUUUUGCGAAAGAGGGAAUUCGCGGGUUGUAUCGGGGCCUCAUGGUGAGUCUUAUCAAGGCUGCGCCUGGCAGCGCGAUCACGGUGUGGACGUAUGAGAGAGUUUUGAGGAUGUUGCAGAGGCUUGACGGUUCUGAUGACCAGCGAUUUUGA